AUGCCUUCCAGAAUCUCCUCCCUGGUCUCCCGGCUCGUCCAUCGCCGGAAUAAGCAGAACCAACAGCAGGACCAACAUCGACAACGCCAGGAGCAUCAGCAGAGCGUAACAUCGCCCAAGAGCUCACAAUCAAGCUCACGACCUGCAUCCUCCGCUACCUACGCCACAAAAUCCACUCAGUCUACGCAAUCCGUACACUCUGUCCACCGCUUCUCCCUGCUUCCACCUGCCCUCCCUACCACCGCCGCCCUGCAACAGCUUGAACUCACCCUGGACACCCCCUGCCUCUCUUCAUGUCUAAUCCUUCUCAUACUUCGUCGGGCGACCGCGGACGGUAUCGUGGUCGGGUCUCUCGACACCACCAACGGCCACCCACAGCGCCGCCUCCUCAGUCCACGGUGUUACCCCCGGCGUCGGGCAUCACCCCUGCCCGACCAGUCUCCCACUUCACCUUUUGUCUGCGUUCCGCUGUACAUUUACCCAGACCCGGGUGCCUGGGAGCCCCUGGUAGAGGCCGCCCUUGCUCAUCCGACCUCGUACUUUCACGCAAUCAUCAACCCUUACAAUGGGCCCGGACCUACGCCUCUGCCCGAUGCCAACUAUGUCAACGCUCUCCGCCGCCUCGCAGCUCUUCCCAACGUCACGGUGCUUGGCUACGUCCACGUAACCUAUGGCAAGCGAAACGCUGCCGCCGUGGAGAAGGAUAUUGGCGAAUACGCUGCUUGGGCUUCGCGCGACACCUUCCGCCCCGGAGAUAUUGGCGAAGGUGACGCGACGGCCGGUGAGUCGGCGCGCAUUAGGGUUGACGGCAUCUUUUUCGACGAGGCGCCGUCAGACCUGGCCGAUUUGGCCUACAUGUCGCGCCUGACGCGGUGCGCUCGCCGUCUACUUCGCGGGGCCAAGAGCGGUGCCAACGGCCUGGUCAUGCUGAACCCGGGCGUCGCUGUCGAUGCGCGGUACUAUGACCUUGCCAACUACAUUGUUGGCUUUGAACAGUCGCUUACGCAUUGGGAUGAGACCAAGCAAUCGUUCCUUGAGACUGUUGGCGGUCGAUCGAGACGACAAAAGACGGUCGUGAUGAUGCACACAUGCCCACCCUCAGAAGCUGGGCCCCAGUCCGUGGAGCCUCUGGUUGAGGCGAUUCGGGAUGCGGGGGUCUGCGGCCAGUUCCUCACGGACCAGAUUGGCGGGGGUAUUCGAGAUGGCCCUGCUGGUGGCGGGAGUAUGUGGACUACGUUUUCCCUUGUGCGGAUGUGA